ACAAGCUGCAGUUCAAGAUCUCGUGCUCAUCACAGGUAGCAGAAACGCCCGUUCACGAUGGGGGACGUCUAUUUAAUCGUAUUUUGUAUAUUCAGUUCAUGUUUUUAUUGUUUUGGUGAAAUUACAUCCUGUGAAAAGAUCUCGGCAUGUUCGUGUAAGUCGGAAGAUGGGAUCAUUGACUUAUCGCCAUUGGCUGCCAGAGGGAAGCCUAGGUUUCUGGAUGUGCAGAGCGAAACUACGGACAAGGUGUCCUGGAAUCCAUGUCUGCCAUUCACAGAAGGGGACUGUAAAGACGUCGCUGCGUGCCAGGUCCGGAACAUACACCUCCCAGAAUUCUACAACAUCGGGAAUCAGGAGAGCGCCACCUUCAGAGUCGUGAACGGCAGUCUGCACCUCAGCUACUCCGCCGACACACUGAAUCAGAAGGGGGAGAACACUCUCAGGUCCACCAACAUCACACUCAUAUGUGACAAGACUCUGAACCCCGGCAUCCUCACAUCGAAGGGCGAGGUCCCACUUGGCAGUGGGCGGUUUUUGAUGACGCUGAGGAGUGUCGCUGCCUGUGCAAUGAAGUCGAAUCUAAGAGCAACUGGCGACCCAACGGCGAUCACCAUCCAAACCAUCACUCCAAAGCUUGUCAGCAUCCAAACCAUCACCCCAAAGCUUGUCAGCAUCCAAACCAUCACCCAGAAACCAGUCACUAUAGGGCCGACCGCCAGAAGGAUCACACCGACGGGGGGCGGCAUCCCUGCCCACAUCAUUCCGCCGAUAGAACAACUGGAUCUCAGUGGCUUCCAGACCCUCCUCGUGGCUCAGGUGGUCAUCCUUGUGUUCAUCCUGCUUCUGAUGGUGGCCGUCGUGAUCAUGUAUGCCUACCAGAUGUGUCUGCACAAGGUCGUCUCUAAACGCGCCUACGACAAUUUGUAGCAUCAACAACUACUACUUCCUCACGAGCGCCGCAAGUGGACACACAACGCCUGCACUUGCAGUUAAGCUGACACGCAUGAUAUAACCGACGUACGGUUAUCGCGGCGUUGAAAGCACUCACUGAUUUUGUUAGACUAUCUCUAUGCAUGUGAUUCACUCUAAUAUAUUGUAUGCAUUCAUUGGAUUUUCUUAAAACCACCCAACGAUUGUGUGCAAUAAUAAAAUGUGUUUGGUGUUAA